AUGAUGGCACUUAAUUACCUAACAAAUUUUGACUCGGUACCAAAAUCUGAAAGGCUCUUAAUACGUUCGAAGAUAUUCAAAUUACCUCCUUUUCCUAAGGAUAGAGAAUUUUGCUGGGACUGUCGACCUCCGCCCUCCUGGGAGGCAAUUACCCAGGGACAGGAGCCUGAUAAAAAUCCUCGUGAACCAACUACGGUCUCCGAUACAGCAUUAAUUGCCGUAACCGAUCCGGGAGCAGAGCAGCUAAGGAACCAAAUAAAACUUCAAAUCGUUGGUUCUGGAGGAGAGCCAGAAGAGGAACCAGAAGAGGAGUCAAGCGAACAGCGCAGUCAGGAGCGAAUUCAGGAGCCCAGUCAAGACUUCAGUCUAGACGCCAAUCACCGACGGGAUGAACAGCCCGACGAAGAACUAGAUCUUCGGUCUCGAAGGAAUUGGUGGUUUGGGCCACUUUCCUCGUCCAGUGAAUCCGAAGAGGAUGUCUAUUUCUUCUCCGAUGAAUAUAAAGAAGGAGACGAUGAUGAUAAGAAUAAGGACGGUGACGACGAUGAAAGCAAUGGUGGUGGCGCCACAUUAUGUAUUCUUAGACCUCCCUCGGAAACCGACAGCGACGACUACGAAUAUCCAGAUAGGCUACAGAUACUAAACCGCCCAAUCAAUCAAUAUCGGGCGCGUCCAGUUCGAGAUUUUGGCCCAGACUUAACGGGGAAGGAAGAAUGUCUUGACCUGGAAAGGGCGCCGCUUGGCCUACAGUUUUGGGACAGCAUGGUCUUAAACCCUGAAGGGGGCCCUGGCAAAUAUAUGCGGUUCGAGGCUUAUUCUUAUUAUGGAUUUUUACUAUGGGAAGAAUGGCGGAUGAUUGAAUUUGGACUGUGGUCGAACAGACCGAUUGAAGACAUGUCUGUGUAUUAUCAAAAAUGGUUCCGAUUUCUUUGUCCGGAGGAUAUGGCUUUUCAUCAAAAGUUCCGAUAUGUUUGGGAUAAAGAUUGGCUAUAA